UUUUUCAAAAAAAGAUACAAUCUUUUUCCACAAAAGGGGUCCCUUUUAACUAUUUCAAUAUUCAUUUUUACAUUUCAAAAUAGGUGUGUUUGCUCUCCUCUCUCUAAGUAGAACAUAUUAACAAAAGGGGUCUUUCUAACAAGUUCAAGACUCCUUUUGAAGAAAAAAGAAGGUAUAUACAUGGAGAAUAUUGAAGAAGGAUUGUUGUUGAAAGAAAGAGAGUUAGUAGUUGAAUUGAGAUGGGGAGUAAUAUGGGAGGAAGUGAAGGAGAUUGGUUACUUGGCUGGUCCAAUGAUAGUUGUGACACUUUCACAGUAUUUGUUGCAAACAAUAUCAUUGAUGAUGGUUGGUCAUUUAAGUGAACUUUCUCUAUCAAGUACUGCCAUUGCUGUUUCUAUUGCUGGUGUCACUGGCUUCAGCUUUCUUUUGGGAUUGGCCAGUGCACUAGAAACUCUAUGUGGACAAGCUUUCGGAGCCAAGCAAUAUCAAAGACUUGGUACUCAAACAUACACGGGCGUGUUCUCUCUCUUGCUUGUUUGCAUUCCCCUCGCAGUUCUAUGGAUGUACGUGGGAAAAUUGCUUACUUACAUCGGGCAAGAUCCUCAGAUUUCUCAUGAAGCCGGAAAGUUCAUUAAGUGGCUGAUUCCUGCUCUCUUUGCUUACGCGACUCUUCAGCCACUUAUUCGGUACUUUCUAAUGCAAAGUAUGAUUGUUCCAAUGCUCGUAAGCUCUUGCAUUACGAUAUGCUUCCACAUACCUCUGUCUUGGGUGCUAGUGUUUAGCUCUGGCUUAGCUAAUAUCGGCGCAGCAGUGGCUAUUGGUAUAUCGAUGUGGUUGAAUGUCAUAAUCCUUGCUUCGUACAUGAGGUGGUCUCCUGCUUGCGCAAAAACUCGCGCACCACUGUCAUGGGAGACCGUCGAAGGAAUGAAAGAGUUCUUUCAGUUGGCUAUCCCUUCUGCUAUCAUGAUUUGUCUUGAGUGGUGGUCGUUUGAGCUGCUCAUCUUACUAUCUGGACUAUUGCCGAAUCCCCAGCUUGAAACUUCAGUACUGUCUGUAUGCCUGAAUACUAUUUCUACUUUUUAUGCAAUUCCAUUUGGUCUCGCUGGUGCUGUAAGCACUCGAGUUUCUAAUCAAUUAGGAGCUGGAAAUCCUCAAGGAGCUCGUGUAUCUGCUGUUUCCGUAAUGCUAGUUGCAGCAACAGAGACAAUACUAGUAAGCACAAGUUUAUUUGCUUGUCGAAACAUUUUUGGCUACGUUUUCAGCAACGAGAAGGAAGUUGUGGACUACGUCGCAAACAUGGCUCCCCUUCUAUGUCUAUCGGUCUUAACCGACAGCUUUCAAGGAACCCUUUCAGGUGUCGCGAGGGGAUGUGGUUGGCAGCAUAUCGGAGCCUAUGUCAAUCUUGCUUCAUUUUAUCUCUGCGGAAUUCCUAUCGCUGCUUCAUUAGCUUUUUGGCUCCACCUUCGCGGAGAAGGCCUGUGGAUCGGGAUACUUUGUGGUGCAGUUAUGCAAACUAUUCUACUCAGUGUGAUAACAUGCUGCACAAAUUGGAAAAAACAAGCUGCAAUGGCAAGGGAGAGGCUUCAUGCUGAUGAAAACUCAUCAACAGAUAACACGCUAAUGUAAAUGAGAGGUUCCAAUUUUGUGAAUUUUUUCGACGAUUUUAUGCACUUUUUAGACCACGGUCUAAAGGAUUUCUUUCGAGCAAAUUAAAAAGUAAGAUUCACGAUCUAAAAUUUUAUAAGUUAUUGUGUUGCAUUUGUAUUGCUCAA